AUGGACAAAGCAGCCAAUCAGAAGCCAGAAAUUGUGACAAGCCAACGAUUGCCCUCAUUGGCUGUCGAUCGUACACAGACCACAUGUCUAACCUCUGGAAAUAAUCUUGUAAAAGCUCAUAUGUCAAAUCAAUCAUACGACAGUAGCUACCAUUGCUCGACUGAUUUUCAUCAAUAUCCUAUAUCUUUACCAAAUCAGUCUAGUUUAAAAGAAUCAAUAUUUCAUGAAAGUAAUGAGGAUAAUAAUGGAGAUACAAAGUCAACUAUCAGUAGUGGUCAACAAAAACAUGGUUUGAUUAAGAAAUUAUUAAAUCGAACACAUUCAAAUAAUAUUAAUCAUAUUACUAGUAGUAAUAGUAGUUCAGAGAAAUUGAAGAUCUUGGAAUUACGAUCUCAUCGUCGACCGCAACAGACCACAGACGCUUUACAGAAAGUUAUGGGAAAUGUUCAUCAUGCUAACCCAAGCUAUGGGGCUGGUGUUGGCGGUGGGGUUCCUCAUUCUCCCGAUGGAAAUGUCACUAAUAAGGUAACUAAAAAUGUAACCAAUACAAAAUCACAUAAUAAACAGUUAGUCAUACAUAGUCAUCCAACUAACCAACAAACAUCAUCUUCAAAUGAUGAUCAUCUAUCGUCAUGUGGUAAGACUAAUCCACAAUCAAUUAACAGUAGCCAUACUAUUACUACUACUCCUAGCAAUAAUAAUAAUGUUAUUAAUGGAGUUAUAAAUAAUGCAUCUAAUCCUACAACAACAAAUGAAACAAUUGUUCAAUUACAAGAAAUGAUUGCACAUUUAAAAGCUGUUGUCAAUGCAAAAGAUCAACGAAUACAAGAGCUUGAAAGGGAUAAGGAUAAACUGCGCUCUGUACUUCAUCAACAGUUAACUAGUAGUUGGGACGAUUCAACAUUAUCUUCACCUGUUGAAGGCCUUAAAGUGAUUCACGAGGAUCUCCCAUCUAUCAAUGAAACAAAUGUUAAUAAUAAUAUCAAUGAUGAUAAACGAAAUGACGAUGAAUCCCAUAGUCCUUCAUCAUCAUCAUCUACGCCAGCUGGGUCUCCGCCAGUUACUGAUGUUACUACUCCUCCUCCCGCAGCAGCUUUGUUACUUCGUAAACGUUUAGGUGUCUCUGGUGAAUCAAUGAAAUGUGCACAAGAAUUAGUUUACCAUGAUAAAGAUGCCAAUUCUCGUCGACAAAUACGUGAAGCUUUACGAAGUAAUGAUUUAAUCAAGAAUUUAGAUGCAGUUCAAUUACAAGAGGUUGUCUCCUGUAUGCAUGAGCAAACAGUACCAGCUAACUGUUAUAUUAUACGUGAAGGCGAUGAUGGUGGACAUUUGUAUGUCGGUGAAGAGGGUGAAUUUGAAGUUUCAAAAGGUGGUAAACGUUUGUAUAUUAUGGGAGCUGGUCGUUGUUUUGGUGAAUUAGCUUUAUUAUACAAUUGUAAACGUACAGCAUCCGUAAAGGCUGUAACUGAUGCACGUGUUUGGGUGUUGGAAAGAGCAUGUUUUCAAGCGAUUAUGAUGAAAACUGGUUUGGAGCGUAUUGAAGAACGUAAAGCAUUUCUACGAAGUGUACCAUUACUCAAAGAUUUAUCACCUAAUCGAAUAUUGCGAAUCGCUGAUGCAUUAGAGGCUCAAUAUCAUUCAGCUGGUGAUUGUAUCAUAAGGCAAGGUGAACUGGCUGACAGUUUCUUUUUAAUUCAAUCUGGAAAGGUCCGAGUCACUAUCUCCUCACCUCAAAAUGGUUCAACCGAAACGAAAGAAACUGAAAUUAGACAAUUGACCAAAGGUGAAUAUUUUGGUGAAAAAGCAUUACUCGGUGAGGGUCGUCGAACAGCAAAUGUUUAUGCUGUUGGUCCUGGUGGUGUUGAAGUAUUAUGUUUAUAUCGAAAAGACUUUUUGGAAUUGAUUGGUGAUAUACAAGAAUUGAAAAAUAAAGAAUAUGCUGAUGAAGAAACACGAUUAUUAGGCCAUAGUUCAUUUUCACAAGAAUCAUCCACUGUUAGUAUAAGCACAAAAGAUACCGGAAAAUUAGAUUUAACUUCAACAAAAAGUCAAGAUGAAUUACAUACAAAAUUCGGUUUAAUUAAUCAACCAUUACUACCGGCUAGUUUAUCAUUACAACCGAAAAUUCAGUGUAAUAUACUAUUGAAAGAGUUAGAACAUAUUUGUGUACUGGGUGUCGGUGGUUUCGGUCGAGUGGAUUUAGUAACAUUAAAAAAUGAUCGAACUCAAGCAUUUGCAUUAAAACGAUUACAAAAAGCCCAUAUUGUACAAACACGUCAACAAGAACAUGUAUAUUGUGAAAAAUUAAUUCUUUCCUCUGUUUCAUCACCGUUUAUUUGUCGAUUAUUCAAUACAUAUCGUGAUAAUAAAUAUGUAUACAUGUUAUUAGAAGCAUGUUUAGGCGGUGAAUUAUGGACUAUACUUCGUGAUAGUCAUCACCUUGAAGAACGUACAGCAAGAUUUUGCUUGGCGUGUUGUAUUGAGGCAUUGGAUUACUUACAUCGUCAUGGAAUUGUCUAUCGUGAUUUAAAACCAGAGAAUAUGCUGGUUACAUCCAAAGGUUACAUUAAAUUAUGUGAUUUCGGAUUUGCCAAAUACAUUGGAAUUGGUCAAAAAACAUGGACAUUCUGUGGUACACCAGAGUAUGUUGCACCAGAAGUAAUUCUUAAUCAAGGACAUGAUUUCGCUGCAGAUUAUUGGUCGUUAGGUAUUUUAACUUUUGAAUUACUUACAGGCGCUCCACCGUUUCAAGCAUCAGAACCAAUUAAAAUUUAUAUGAAAACAUUGAAAGGUAUCGAUGCUUUGGGUUUGGCGCAAAACAAGUAUAUCAGUUUAAAAGCUUUACAAUUUAUUCGACGAUUAUGCCGAUUUAAUCCAUCCGAAAGAUUAGGUGUUGGUAAAUACGGAAUUCAAGAAAUACGUAGUCACAAAUAUUUCCAAGGAUUUGAUUGGGCUGGUAUAGUUAAACAAACACUGACUACUCCUUUCAGAGUUAAAUUGAAUGGACCAUUGGAUCAUUCGAAUUUCGAUCGUUUCACAAUGGAUGAACAAGAAGCUCCAGAUGAAUUAUCAGGAUGGGAUGCAAAUUUUUAA